AAAAUCUGAUCGGCUGUCAAGGAGUGAGUUAGGGCCUACGUCAGCUGGUAGGAUACCUUGGACACCGUUUGCAUGAUGACUAUUUUCUUGUCCAAAAACUAAGACCCGGAAAAGAAGACUGUAUACUAUUAAGUAUGAACUAUCUACUAUUGGCAGCACUUCUUUGACAGCGACAAGCCGAAUGCGGCUCUGGUAGGAAAGAUAGCGGUAACGACAACAACGACUGAAAGUUGGCACGUUUUUUCAGGAAAUUUGGCUUAUGAAAAGCAUAAUUACGACUGAUUACAAUGGAUUUAGUACAAGCAAAGACAACUUUCUUAAACAUGAUGGGCCAAUUGAAUGUUAGCGAUCGAUAUGAACUCCUACAAUGGGCGAAAGGACUUGCAGAGAGCCCUGAAGUCGCUGGUUUGGCAGCAGGAACCCUCACAAAUGAAGAUGUAGUUCUAGAGUCAAUUAAAGAAGACUUGCGUCUGACGUUGCCAACAAAUGCUCUUUCACCAGCCGAGAACAUCCUGUGUCCUACUGUUGGUGUGAAUUCAGACUGUCACCCAGCCACAACUGUUCACAUUGAUGCCUUUCUGUAUGAUGAAGAUGCAAUUGACAAUCUCUGUGAUGAGGGAAAGAUAAGCAGGAAUUUUUGUAAAAGAUGUGGCUCCCAUGAAACAGCUCCUUUGACAUUUAUUUCCCAUUCAAUGUCCAGUACACAGUUGAAGUAUAUAUUCCGAUAUGCGAUUCCUGAUCUUAGUGGUAAAACAGUGGUAGAUGUUGGAUCACGGUUAGGAUGUGUCUUAUAUGCUGCCUAUGGAUACAGUUCUGCUGCAAAAGUGAUCGGUAUUGAAAUGAACAGCCAUUUUUGUGGAAUCCAACAGACUGUAGUCGCCAAAUAUGGCAUGCAGGACCGAGUGAUGGUGAUAUGUGCUGAUGUGUGUACACAACAGGAUGUCUUAGCCAUUGCUGAUGUGGUUAUCCUCCAUAAUGUGUUUGAAUUUUUUGUGCCAUUGCAAGAUCAAGCUAAGAUUUGGAAUUUUCUUCAUCGAUCUAUUAGAAAAUCGGGAACCAUAUUGGUUGUUACUCCAGGAUUAGAAGAGUCGCAACAAUAUAUCGAAGUGGACUUCGAUCAUCGCACAUGGGUGAAACCAGUUCAGGAUGAAGGAGUAAUUAUCAGGGCCAACACUAGACUUUUUGGCUCCAAAGACAGUAAUGACAGUGACCUUGGGAAUAUACACUUUUACCAAGUGAUUUAACAAGGAAUAUCCUGAUGUGACAUUUGCCAUUAUCACGGAAAUCUGAUUCACAUUUGUGCAUUUAGUUUCAUUGUGUUCAUUGAUAAUGCUCUUUCUCUCCAAGUUACUUAACUUGACUUCCUGAUUUCUCAAGUGUCUUCCGUUGUAUAGUCUACAGUCAUUUCUGGAAAUUAUAAUCAAAAUAUUUGCCGUCAGUUCUUGUUCUUGAGUGGUUGAAUCACCUGUAGAUAUUGAUAAUAUGAAUGCUGUUAAAACUGCCUGGUUACUUUUAUACCUGAGUACUGUUGUACAUUGUUAGUAUGGAGUUGUUCCUUUUGACAUUCAUGUAGAGAUUGAUGGAAGAUUGGGAAAAGCUGAAGCUGAUUAACCAAGGUUUAUAAUAUAAUGUAAAUGAAUAUGCUGUACUAUUGUACGAAAUAAAA